AUGCCCAACAAGGCCGCCCCGGGCGCCGAAAUGGUCCCCGGGGCACGUGUCGUGAUGGAGACAGCCGCAAAGUACGUCGUCGGGGACGGACAGAGCGGCAUCGACCUCGUAUUGGGCAACCCCGGCACCACAGAGCUGCAUCUCACAUCAGCCCUGGACCACGUCGACGGGCUCAGAUCGACGCUCGUCCUCCACGAGACCGUCGCUGCUGGAGCAGCGGACGGAUACGCUCGCAUGCUCGGCAGGCCCGCGAUGGUGCUGCUGCACCUCGGCCCGGGGUUGGCCAAUGCAGCUAGCAACCUGCACAAUGCCAAGCGCGCAAGAUCGCCGGUCCUCGCGGUCGUCGGCGACAUGGCCACCUGGCACGCCGACGCAGACGCGCCCCUCGCCUCCGACAUCGAGGGCCUCGCCCGGACCUUCGCGGGGAGCGUCCGCACCGCGACGUCGCCCGCGAGCCUCGAGUCUGACACGCAGGAGGCGAUCCUGGCGACCCAUGCGUCCGCCGACGCGGCCGAAAGCCCGACGGCGUCGUCCCGGGUGUCCGUGCUGAUCGUGCCGCACGACCUCUCGUGGACGCAAGUCCCGCGCACCGUCGCGCAGGCGGCUCAGCACCGGCACGCUGCGCCGCGCGAUGCGGGCCUGAACGGCUCGUUGAGCGACACGAGCCGCGCUGCGUUCGCGUCGUUCGCGAAGCAGCUCGCCGAGAAGCUUCGCCAGCACGGCAAGGGCCAGUCCGCGUUCUACCUCGGCGGGCGGGCGCUUGUCGACGGGCGAUUCAGUCCCCCGGAAGGGCGGGGGGGUCUCCUGUUCGACAUCGGGCGGUGCGCCGCUGCGGUCGGCGCCGCCGUCAUCUGCGAGAACUCGUUCGCCCGCGUCGAUCGCGGCGCGGGCCGCCCCGCGCUCCAGCGGCUCCCGUACUUCCCGCAGGACGCCAAGGCCGAGCUCGACAAGUACGCCGUCGUGGUGCUGUUCGACGUGCGGCGCCCCGUUGCCAUGUUCGGCUACGAGGGCGGUCCGAGCGAGCUGCUGCCCGACGCCGACGGCGACCGUGUCUGGGAGAUCGAUGACGACGGUCCCGGGCUCGACGCCUUCGUUGCCGCGCUCACCGCCGAGCUCGCGGCGGAUGCAAUCACGCCGGGGCGCAACUGCGGGGGGCUCUUCGCCGGAACGGCGAUACCGCGCGUCCCGAAGGACGGCCAACUCGACGCGGCGUCGCUGUGCGCGGUCGUCGCGGCGCUGCAGCCCGAGGGGUGUAUUGUGGUCGACGAGUCCCUGACGUCAGGUGCGGCGUACUGGGAGGCCAGCCGGCGGUGCAGCCCCUUCAGCCACCUCACGCUGACGGGUGGCAGCAUCGGGUGCGGCCCGCCGCUGGCCGUCGGGGCAGCGCUUGCCUGUCCGCACCGGCCAGUGAUCAACAUCCAAGCCGACGGAAGCGCGAUGUACUCCCUCCAGGCUCUCUGGACGCAGGCCAGAGAGAAGCUCCACGUGGUGACGGUGGUGUGCAACAACGCGCGGUACAACAUCCUGAGGAUCGAGAUGGCGAAGCAGCGCAUCGGCGCGCCGGGCCCCGCGUGCCGCGGCCUCCUGGACCUGGACUCCCCUGGGAUCAAUUUCGUCAGUCUGGCGCAGGGCAUGGGCGUGCCCGCUGCGCGCGUCACGACCGUGGCCGAGCUCGCGAGCGAGCUCCGCGAAGGCCUUGCUGGCUCGGGCCCGCGCGUCAUCGACGCGGUCCUUCCGUAG